AAUGGUUUUGUUAGAGCAGACCGUGACUGUCAGCAGGGGAGGGCAGCAGCUAUACAGCUACUCAAGGGUCAUGUGACUUGCUUAUUCUCCUUGCUUCUGAAAAGAUCUUGCAGAAGUGAAAGAGCUUUAGCUGUAAACUGCCAAAAAGUCAUGCACACUUAGAAACAUGCAGAGGUAACUGAAGGAGAGGGGGAGAGAGGCUGAAGUCAGCCUGAGCAAUCCGAGGAAGCUGACAAGGACCCAAAGGGCUUCUCGACACAGAGGAUGGAAGAGCAGGUGAGAGUCCCACCUGAGGCCACUGGACUGUACAGAGCAAUGCUAGUCAAAUCAGCAUCUAUGUAUUCUGAAAUACAGAGGGAACGGCCUGAACUGGGAAAUAUCAUGGCUCACCCAGAUUACAUUGAUGGGAGCCCUGAUCUUAUCAAACCUAAAAAGCUCCUCAAUCCUGUAAGAGCCUCGAAAAGCCACCAAGAACUUCACAGGGAGCUGCUUAUGAACCACAAAAGAGGACUGGGAGUUGAGAGCAAACCAGAACUGCAGCGAGUCCUAGAGCAUCGGCGACGAAACCAGCUGAUAAGGCAGAGGAAAGAAGAAGAAGAGGCAAAAAAACUGACGUCUCCCUUUGAACAAGAACUGAUGAAGAGGCAACAAAGGCUGGAUCAGCUGGAGAGAGAACAAGAGAAGCAAGAAGAAAAUGCACCAGAAUUUAUUAAGGUCAAGGAAAACCUGAGGAGGACAUCAACAUUAACUGGGGCAGAGAAGGUUGCGUAGCAUCAGUUGAGAUCUUCUGUUGGUUCGAAUACCUAAACACUGACAUCUCUGUAUAUGGUGGAUAUUCACAGUUAUGUCUUCGGGGCUACUUACUGUUUGUUAAUGCUUGUUCCAGUAGAAAUCCCCAACAUGGGCUUUUUUUGUAAUCACAAAAGAGUAUACAGCCAGAGUGUGGGUGUCUUAUGCAGGAGAUGUACUCAAAUGAGAAAAAGCAAAGGGAGUGGGCCCCAGGGGGCAUUGUAACCACAAUAUAUACUCUUCCUCUCAAGUAUUUGAACAACAUUAAAGCCCUGUCGACUCCUUAUUAAUCUUUGUCUAACCACCAAAAAGUGCUAUGCAGCCCUCUGAUGCUGUUACGAAACCUUGCACAUGUCUCCCCCCCACCAAAGCAACCAUGAGGACUAUAUACAUUCUUUUCAAAGCAAGUAUAUAGCAUGAGCUCAUAGCAGAGCAACUGUGGAGAGGGAGAUUUUACACACAGAGCUAUGGACAUCAUUAUGUGCAAGGAUUUCAAGAAGCUAAACAACUAAGCAUUUCUGCUGCUUGUAGUGAAAUCUAGAAGGCCAGUAGGCUAAUCUUUCUGUUAGAAUAGCUUGUUGUAAAAACUUGGGAGGAAAGCAGAAAAA